AGUUGAUAUCGGCUGUCGACUAGUCUGUUAUUUGGACUCUAUGAGCAGCUGGGGCCGUGUUUGGAAGUGAAGAAGGACGUACAAUACACCGCACUAGGCUGAGAAAGCGCAGCGUUCUCUCCACCUGCGUCCGACGAUACGCACUAUCGUCCACGCUGCGCAGCGAGGUGACCAAAUACAGGUCAGGAAGAACCAUUCGAUUGCUAUUCAGAAACCUGGACAGAAGGUGAUAGACAAUGUAACCUCCUAAACUUUGGUCGUCUUGCAGCUUGACCUGCAGUGCAUGUUUCGCUAGGCUUCCAGCUCAGUCUCGAGCCACCAAUCUCACCAUACCGCCGUCGUGUUGGAGAAUCGUAGCUAGGCUAUCGACCGUUGCUGCUGAUUGAUUGCAGGACUUUCGAGCACGCUAGCCUGAACCAGUCUGAAGUGGCUCAUCCCUGUGGUGUCUGCGGGCCAAGCGACGGGCAGGACUGGCCCUAGUAGUCGACUUGUCCAGGCACUGGGAUGGACUCAGCGUGGUCGGGAUGAGAGCAGAUCAGGUCCUGCUCUGCCAGUGAACUAACUACUUCACAUACUUGUAUUUAGUACUAACUGAAGACGACCAGACUCAGCUCAUCGACGGCCAUGUCUCGACAUCCCAAGCUGUCAUCCCGUUACCGAGUUAGCCCCCUUGGCCAGAGCCAUGACGACGCACCGAGCGGUUCAAACAACGUCAGCUUCGACGUUGGCAUGGCGACGUCCAUGCAGCGCGACAGCGUGUUCGACAGCUUUGCAGCAAACAGCGGCGACGAACUCGGCUCCAUUCGCGAGUCGUCGGCGGCAACGGCGACGGCGGCGGAGAAACCGGCGAGAAGGCUAACGCAGAGCACCAUGCAGCAGCUUGGCAACGUCCUGCGUCCACUGCGCCAACAAACGCACUGCUGUCCCUCACCUGUCCUCGAGCGAGCGCGUAUCGCCAGCGAUCCACUGCAGACCAGCAGCGGUGGUGGCGGUGGUGGUGGUGGUGGCGCGAGCAGCAGCAAUACGAGGGCGCCGCAGCGCGUGAAUGCUGCUGGGGAUCGUGCUGACACCACUGGACCAGCUGGCAGACACUCGUCCGCUGUGUUGAGCAAACGUGCCGUGUUCGGUACUGGGGUGCGAGGCGACGCGGGGGGCAAGUCCAGCAGAAAAGAUCGCCUGCUGUCGUUUAACCAGAGAUCGAUGAGCAAUGCAGCAGAUCUAGGCCGCCGACAAUCCGAGCCAUGGAUGUUCACUGCGGUGUUGAAACGGUUGCGUAACAUCACCCGUGAUGUGGACAUUGGAGGAGUCGAGACUGAGGAUGCGGAGCAAGAGGGCCCUGAAGACAACAUGGCGACUGAGAAGUCCACCAAGAAGUCCAGAGAAGAGCUGCAUGCCAUGUUUCACCGUGCCAUCCGCUUGGUACGCAUCAUGGCUAAGGCCUGCCUUGCUAUACGGGAGGACGCCAUGGCAAAAACGGUGGUAUCCUCGUUGCAGUUGCAGCACGAGAAGCAGAGGAGAGAGGCCAACGACCAGGAGACGCGCAUCGGUCGCCUGAAAGGCUCGGCCCACUCCAACCAGGAGUUCAGUAUGGACGACCUGCUGGAGAUGGAUAGUAAAGUGCCGGAGUGGAUGAAGAGCGUUCUUGCCAAGCCGUAUGCGGACCGGACCGACGCAGACAUGGCCCAGCUGCACGGCUACUUGCGUUACUUUGACGACUACGCGUUCAAGUUCACGCCGGAGAUGCAGCUGCUGUUGCGCCGCACCGGUCACUACGUCACGUAUGAGAAUCUGCGUGUCAUCCUGCGCAAGGGUCACCCAGGGGAUGCCGUGUACAUUAUCCUGUCUGGCAAGGUCGAUAUCAACAUACACCUGUACGACCCGCACACCAAGAGUCUCACCGUACACACCGAGUGCUCACUGCAACGGGGGCAGAGCUUCGGGAAUGAAGCUUUGAUUCGUCGCAACACCCGUAACGCCUCCGUUCUUGCACGUAAGACGGUGGAGCUGCUCAUGGUGUAUCGUGAAGACUUUCUCUCGUACAACCCGGACAUCUUCAAGACCGAGUUCAAGGAGAAGCUGAGUCACACGUGCUCAGCACCUCUGCUGCGUGGCUGGCCGGCGGGUGACUUGGAGAGCCUGUGUAUACAUUCAACUAUGAAGGAUUAUCGCAGUGGAGAGGUGGUCAGCCGCAAUACACUCAAAGAUGAUUACAUCUACUUUGUAGUAAAAGGCAACAUGCAAGUGCUGUAUCGCAUGGACGUUCACAGAACCGCUGAAAAUGUGCGUGCCGAGCGAACGCGCCGAACGCAGCACAUCGACCUGCUUCCCGACUCCCUGCUCUCCGACACCGAUACCUACCUGGACAAGCGUCCGGGAGUGGCCGCCUCCCAGCAGGCUUGGUUUGAAAUGGAGCCGCUCUGGAACAAAGCGGCACGCUCACUGCCCAAAGGCAAGCAGGCCUUCAUCCACGUGGCACAGCUGGAGGAGCUAGAGUUUUGCGACCUAUCCACACUGGUGAAUCCGGAGACUCAGCCCAUGAUGCUGCUGGCCAACAAAUGUGGUGUACGCGUGCUGCGCAUACCUAAGGUCACUCUCUUCUCCUUCGCACCGCUGGCGUUCUGGAAACAGCUGGAAGGCGGGGCCGGGAUAAGCAUAUGUCCAGACGACAGUGUCCUCUUCAGCUGCUUCCUGAAGGACUACAGUCGGCAGGUGUACCAGAAGCUCGUUUUGCACGAGGUCCUGUCCCGGAAUGGGGGUGAGGGUAUUUCGCACCUGCCCGCCAUGGCAAAGGGUACCACCGGCCCUGCGGCCUGGCCCGGGGCAAAGUUCUACAGUCGAGACGACCUGGGAGAGGAGAGCGGUCUCCAUUCGCACCGCUCCAAGUCGCCACUCUCCUAUAUGGGCGUGCGCAAGGAGGUCAGACGAGCGUGGUCGCCCGCUCAGCAGAUGCUCGAUCUGUCGCAGCAGCCGCCGUCCCAGUUCCUCCAGGACCUGAGGCACAACGCGACUCAACUGGCCAGCGGCUCGGAGUCACAAAUCCCGCGUAGCAACCAGACGGCUCGGCGAAGCAUGACGGCAGGGACUUCACGCUCGGCCGCCGCGCGGCAAACCAAGAAAAUGCUGCAGACACCCGGGGAACACGCCAAACGGGUCGACGUUGAUUCCAGGCGCCACGACGCAAGGAGAUCCAAAAGCAAAGCUGGCACCCUCCCCCAUAGCUUGAGAAACCAAGAUGCAAAGUAUGUAUUCAGUUUUUGACCUUUAUCGACAACAUCAUAUUAUACGGAGAUGGAGUAACCAAUUGUUAUAAGUUAUUUACCAGAUCAAAUGUUGAGUUCGAGUUAUGGACGAUUCUUUCCAGCCUCAAAAACACGUAAUAUUUAGGUUGGAUGACAGUCUUGAACAGUGGCUUGGUUUCUGAUUGGACGCCUUCAUGACUGUGAUGUCCGUGCCGCUUCUGUUGGCAUUUUUUUUACCGACACAGUUUUCACCCGUUGAAUUAAUUUUGUCAGUUCUAUCCGUCAGUAUUCUUGGAGGUAAUCGUGUUCCCGACUAUUUUUCUAUUUCCAGGAGUUGGCCCGGUAGUAGUUGUUA